AUGUCAUCAUCAUUAUUUAAAUCAUUUCAUUUUGCUUUCUUCCCAACUAUGAGUGUUGCUCCUCAAGAGAACACUGGAGGUGCUGCUGCUCCUUCUGCACCAAAGGGAAGCAAAACAACCACCAAGAUUGUCAUUGUUGGUGGAGGUGCUGGUGGUUUGUCAACUGCUUCAAUGCUUCAAAGAAAGUUCCAAUCCAAUGGUGAUAUUGUCAUUGUUGUAAGUGUUAAUCGAUCAAUCAAUGAUAAAGUUGACAAAGACAAAUCGCUCAAAUUUGAAAAUGAACCAUCAGAUAAACAUUAUUAUCAACCAUUGUGGACUUUGGUCGGUGGUGGUAUCUUCACAAAGGAUGCCAGUCAGAGAAAUGAGAAGGAUUUGAUUCCACAGGGAACUACAUGGGAGAAGGACGGUGUCGCAACUUUCAAGCCCGAUGAGAAUCUCGUUGUCACAAAGCAAGGAAAAACACUGAACUACGAUUACUUGAUUGUCGCCACCGGUAUCACCAUGUACUGGGACCGUAUUCGCGGUCUGAAGGAGACGCUCGGAAAGAACGGUGUCACCUCGAACUACUCGUUCGACUCGGUCGAUAAGACCUUUGAAUUCAUCAAGGGACUCAAGUCGGGAACGGCCAUCUUCACCUUCCCCAACACUCCAAUCAAGUGCGGUGGUGCUCCACAGAAAAUCUUGUGGUUGGCCGACUCCUACUUCCGCGACCACAACGUUCGCGACAAGAUCAACAUCAAUUUCAACACUGCCGGUGUCUCGAUGUUUGCCGUCAAGAAGUAUUCCGACGCUCUCGACCAGAUGGCAGUGGAGCGCGACGUCACCAGAAACUACAAGUACAAUCUGAUAGAAGUCAACGGUGAGAAGAAAGAAGCGGUCUUUGAGACACCCGAGGGCAACAAGACCGUGCAAUUCGACAUGCUCCACGUCGUUCCACCGAUGGGACCGAUCCCAGAGGUAAAGAGCUCGCCACUCGCCGAUCCAACCACCGGUUACGUCACCGUCAACAAAGAGACACUGCAACACACCAAAUAUCCAAAUGUUUUCGCACUUGGCGACUGCAGCAAUCUACCGACCUCCAAGACGGCGGCAGCCAUCACCAAGCAGGCACCAUGUCUCGUCGCCAAUCUCAUCAGUCACAAGAAUGGACAGCCACUCGAGGCCAAGUACGACGGUUACACCUCAUGUCCAAUUACAACCAGUUACAAAGAGAUCAUGUUGGCCGAAUUCAAAUAUGACAACGUCGUCGCAGAGUCAUUCCCAUUCGACCAAUCAAAGCCAUCGAGAUUCGCAAUGCUCCUCAAGAAACACGUUUUCCCAACUGCCUAUUGGCAUGGUGUACUCAAUGGACGUUGGUUCGGUCCACGUGCUGUCUUUAACCCAUACACUUGUGCAGAUGUAAAACAACAAUAA